UUCUUUCUUGAAAGGUCGUCAUCCGUUCUCCAGUUCCAUUGCGUUUGCGGCACCGUUUUCCUCUUCCUCUGCAAUCUCUCAGAAGCAGACGUAACGGCACAAACCACAGACUCACGGAUGGGUAGAACAAAAUCAUUCAAGGAUGAGUUUACAUUCGAACAAAGGGUUGAAGAAUCACAGGACAUCAUGGCCAAAUACCCUGAUCGAGUACCCGUAAUUGUGGAAAAGUAUUCCAGGACCGACCUUCCUCAGAUGGAAAAGAAAAAAUACCUUGUCCCCCGAGACAUGUCUGUCGGUCAAUUCAUUUACGUUCUGAGCAGCAGACUUCAUCUGGCCCAUGGAAAAGCUCUCUUUGUGUUUGUGAAGGAUACUUUGCCUCAAACAGCCAGUUUGAUGGACUCUGUCUAUGAAUCCUUCAAGGACAAGGAUGGAUUUCUGUACAUGUGUUAUAGCACUGAGAAAACCUUUGGGGGCUAUGCCAAUGUUCAGAGAUAUGAGCAAUGAUUUCUCUUUCAUGGUUGUAAAUUCCUGCGAACUGGCUCUACGUUCCCACCGUAGCCUCACAUCUCUGUUUGGAAUGGAUCAUAACUUAUUCUUCUCAAAUGUUCAAAGUUUGGUUGUUAGUACAAGGAAUCGUUGGAUCUACCAUAUGAUAUGAACCACCUCCACCUUUGGCUACCAUUUUUUCUCUUAUUGUUCGUUAUGUUUAGAUAUUAUAAUGAUUGUGCACAAAUUAUAAUAAUUUGGGCAAAUU